AUGGCGAAGACGACGAGGAGGCUGGAGGUGGCGUCGCCGGUGCCGGCGGACAUAGACAUCGCCAAUUCUGUGGAGCCGCUUCACAUCUCGCAAAUCGCCGACGACCUGAACCUCGCCCCCCAGCAUUAUGAUCUUUACGGCAAGUACAAGGCUAAGGUUCUGUUGUCCGUGCUUGAUGAGCUUCAAGGAAGUGGAGAUGGAUAUUAUGUGGUGGUUGGGGGAAUUACUCCAACACCUCUUGGAGAAGGAAAAUCCACUACUACUGUUGGUCUGUGCCAAGCAUUGGGUGCUUUUCUUGAUAAAAAGGUGGUCACAUGCCUCCGUCAGCCUUCACAAGGACCGACAUUCGGAAUCAAAGGAGGCGCAGCAGGCGGAGGCUACAGUCAAGUUAUCCCAAUGGACGAGUUCAAUCUUCAUCUAACAGGGGAUAUCCAUGCAAUAACCGCUGCAAACAACCUUCUGGCUGCCGCCAUCGACACUAGAAUCUUCCAUGAAUCUACACAAUCUGACAAAGCCCUCCUGAAUCGCCUGUGCCCCCCGAACAAAGAAGGUCAGAGGAGUUUCAGUGAAAUAAUGUUCAGGCGCUUGAAAAAAUUGGGCAUCUCAAAGACCAAGCCAGAAGAGCUCACGCCCGAGGAAGUCAAGAAGUUUGCGAGGCUCGAUAUUGAUCCCGAUUCUGUCACCUGGAGACGAGUGAUGGAUGUGAAUGACCGGUUCUUGAGGAAAAUCACAAUCGGUCAGGGGCCUGAGGAGAAAGGCAUGGUUAGAGAAACGGGCUUCGAUAUUUCAGUGGCUAGUGAGAUUAUGGCGGUCUUAGCCCUCACGACCUCGCUAUCCGAUAUGAGGGAGAGGCUCGGGAAAAUGGUGAUCGGGAAUAGCAAAUCCGGCGACCCCAUCACCGCUGACGACCUUGGGGUCGGAGGUGCUCUGACCGUACUGAUGAAAGACGCCAUUAACCCUACACUCAUGCAGACACUAGAGGGCACCCCCGUCCUCGUCCACGCAGGCCCUUUUGCCAACAUUGCCCACGGAAACUCAUCCAUAGUCGCCGACAAAAUUGCUCUGAGACUCGUGGGUCCUGGUGGUUUUGUGGUCACCGAGGCUGGGUUCGGAGCUGAUAUCGGGACCGAGAAGUUCAUGAACAUAAAGUGCAGGUACAGUGGCCUGAACCCGCAGUGUGCCAUUAUUGUGGCGACCAUCAGGGCUCUGAAGAUGCACGGUGGCGGACCGGAGGUCGUGGCGGGGAAGCCCCUUGACCGGGCUUAUGUUACCGAAAAUGUGCCACUUGUUGAGGCCGGCUGCAUUAAUCUGGCCAGACAUAUAUCAAACACGAAGGCUUACGGCGUGAAUGUUGUGGUGGCUGUUAACAAGUUCUCGACUGAUUCUGAUGCUGAGCUGAAUGCGGUGAAAGCUGCAGCUUUAUCUGCAGGAGCUUUUGAUGCUGUGAUUUGUACUCAUCAUGCCCAUGGAGGGAAAGGGGCGGUUGACCUUGGAGUGGCAGUUCAGAAAGCAUGCGAGAAUGUUUCACAACCUUUGAAAUUCUUGUAUCCUUUAAAUGUAAGUAUCAAAGAGAAAAUAGAAGCAAUCGCGAAGUCAUACGGUGCCAGUGGCGUCGAGUAUUCAGAACAGGCCGAGAAACAAAUAGAGAUGUACAGCAAGCAAGGAUUUUCCAAUCUGCCAAUCUGCAUGGCCAAGACACAAUACUCAUUUUCCCACACUCCAUCACAGAAGGGAGCUCCAUCAGGUUUCGUUUUACCCAUUAGAGAUGUUAGGGCGAGCAUUGGGGCAGGUUUCAUCUAUCCUUUGGUCGGGACAAUGAGUACCAUGCCUGGCUUACCAACAAGGCCUUGCUUUUAUGACAUCGAUCUCGACACAGCCACUGGGAGGGUCAUUGGUCUUUCUUGA